AUCGUGGUAAAUGUGACUAUGACUGUGAUAGUUUAAACUUAUAACAUCUCAGAGUAUCAUAAUGCAUUCUAGUGUUUAUGUUUCAGUCUGAGUUUGGUUGUGAGAGGAAAUGAGACGAGGAAAUGUAUUUCUACAGACUCAUCUUGUGACCACAUCUGCAGAAUUUCUUCAUUGGGGAAUCAGUAUUUAGAGGUCUUCCUGUCAGUUCUUGGAUCAGUAUCACUUGAGCGGCCAACAAGGAUAAACGGGACGCUUUGGACAGCAUCGGCUCAAUCACAGCGAUGGAGAAUGAUUACUUCUCAAUGAUUUCUCAGGUCUUCUACUAUCUGACAUUUCUGCUCGGAGUUCCUGGAAAUGUCUUUGUUGUGUACAUCGCUGGAAUGAAGAUGAAGAGGACCGUUAAUACGAUAUGGUUCCUUAAUCUAGCGAUUGCAGACCUCCUGUGCUGCUUUUCCACACUGUUCUAUAUAAUACGGUACUUUAUUGAUCACUGGCCAUUUGGAUCUGUCAUGUGCAAGAUUCAUCCAUUGGUUAUGGUUGUCAACAUGUUUGCCAGUGUCUUCAUCUUGAGUUUGAUUAGUCUAGAUCGGUUUAUCCAGGUGAUCACACCAGUUUGGGCUAAAAAUCAUCGCAGUCUGUUGCUUGCACGACUGUCCUGUGUAGCGGCCUGGGUCCUGGCUAUAGCUCUUAAUGUGCCCUUUAUUAAAUUAAGAGAAACUAAAACAAAACGCAACAACACAUACUGCCUACUUUUUCAUUAUGAUGACUUUGAAACAUAUAGAAUGUUGACUAUCAUCAGGUUUGUGUUUGGUUUUUUGAUUCCUCUCAUAUGCAUCACGACAUGUUAUGGAUUCAUCGCACGAAAGUUAGGCAGGAGUCGUUUUCACUCUGGACGAGCGUUUCGCAUCAUGUUGGCUGUUAUUGUGGCCUUUUUUCUGUGUUGGCUGCCGUACCACACUGUGUUCUUGAUCCGGAUAUUUGGUGUUUAUCACAGUACCAGGGUGGCCCGGAGACUUGUCCGAUUGGUCAUCUCUUUGGCGUAUUUCAACAGCUGUCUGAAUCCAGUUCUAUAUUUUUUCAUAGGGCAGGAUAUUAAGGAGAAGUUUAAGCUUUCAUUAAAGUUAAAACAUGUUUUUGAAAGAGCUUUCUCUGAGGAGGGGACACAAAUACCACAAUCCACCGAGGCACAACAAAUGCAAUCAUUGUAGUUUGAAAAGUAUAAUAAAUCUUAAUAAUAAAUCUUUCAUCAGAAUAUCUUUUGCCUCUUCUACACAAAUUUUUUUCUUUUCAAAACUAUCACAUAUCGCAAUCUGAAAUGUCUGAUGUGUAAAAUGAACUGAUGUAAAAUGAUAAAACAUAACAGGUAGUGUAUUCUAGAACUUUUAGGAAGUGUGUCUGGUGUCCUGUGCAUUUCAUUUAGAUUUAUUUAAAGUAUCAAUAAGUAAUUUUUCAAGUUUAGAUUAAAAAUAUAUCCUUCAGGUAACAACUGCAUGUAACCAUGGUGUAAAAUAUACUGUGUAGAAACAUUUGCAGUGUAACGUGGAGAAUAUAGAGAAGGAAUUUGGACAAAAAUGUAUGAGAACAUUUUUUUAUAGCGAAGCACCUGUUUUUUUUUAUUUAUUUAUUUUAUUAUUAUUAUUAUUAUUAUUAUUAUUAUUAUAUUUUAUUUGAUAAAGAAUUGUUUAUGUCUGUUGAAUUGAAAUAAACUGGUUCAUGGAAGUGUGUGUGUUCCUUCAUGCUAAAAUGGGUCAUUCUACAAAAUUCAUAAAACCUUUUUUUUUUGUUUGUUUGUUUGUGGACUGACCCCAGUACUGUGUCUCU